UGCCAAGAUGAGUAAGAGUAUUCAAGAGCUAAGGGAAGCACUGGAAAGGCAAACCAAAGAGACCUUGAAACUCCAGGAAGAAGCAACCAGGUUCUCAGUGGAAUCUGUCCCAUGUCGAGAAGGGGCUUCCUCUCCAAGCAACAUGUUAAGUUCAAAUGCUUCCGGUCCAUUUAUGGACAGCCCAAAGCCACGAUCUUCAAGCGUACGCAGCACAGUACUGGAAAACCUCUCCUGCUCUAGUGCCCCCACUAGCCCAACCAAGACCUCGUACUCUAAAUAUGAAGGAGACGUUGGGAGCUCAAGGAGGAGUAGUUACUUUGGGAAAGAGCACGUCGAGAACAUUUUGGAAGACUAUUCUCAGCAAGUCCGAGAGCUGCAGAAGAGGCUAAGCGACGCUACGGAGCUACAUGAGCAGCAGAAAUUAUCGUUAAGACAGUCAGUCAUUGAGUUGCAGGCAAGCCUUCAGGAGGCGCAGAAGGAGAAAGAUUCCAUUGUUGAACUCAGACAAAAAGAAUCCCAAACCUCCGAGGAGGUCUGUUCCGAACUGCGAGCUACGAUUAAAGAGCUGGAAACAGCCAAUCAGCUUCAGGAGAAAAUGCUGAAGGAGGCCAAUAACCAAGUUGAGCACCUGAAGACGAUGGUCCAGGCCCAUGAAGAUGUGCUUCAGGAUCUCCGGAAUAUCCUAAUAGAUUAUGAACGUAACUCCAGCAAGAAGGUCUAUGAACAUGAAAGUAUCUCCAGCCUCCACGUCCGUAACCUGCCGACAGCUUUUAUUAAAAUCCUGCGAGAAUUAGAUGUAGAGAUGAUGCACGUCAGAGGGAUGAUUGCCCCACUAGAAGAGCAGCUGGAAAUGAUGACGAAGGAGUCGCAGUCCAAAACCGAACUUCUGCUUCAACAGCAGCAAGACAGCGUUGAAAGGCUGAUAAGUGAACACGAAAUGGAGCUGGAGGCUCUGAGUGAAAAAGCGAAUGCUUCCCACAGCCAUGCGAGCAAUAUCCAAAGCCAGCUGGAAAUCAUUCAGGAACAAGCAAAAAACCAGAAUUCGCUGUACAUGCGGCAGAUCAGCCAGCUAGAAGGCACAGUUUCUCAGUUGCGUUCUGAGCUUCUAGAAACCAAGAGAAUGUCUGAGGACAGGAUUGAAGAUUUGGAAAAGCAGCUAUUCCUGGCACACUCUGAGAUGUCCGAGGCUCAAAGCGAAAGGGAUCAGUUCAGCCAAGAAACUGGAGAUCUGGACGAUCAGGUUCAGCACCUGAUGGCAGAGCUGCGUAGGAAAGAUACGGAACUGUCCCUGGAGAAAGAGCAAAAUAAGCGGCUCUGGGAUCGGGACACGAGCAGCAGCAUCGCCAUUGACCGUUUGCAGCGAGAACUGGACAGCAAGAACAUGGAGCUGCAGCGCAUGGACUCCAUAGUCACGUCCAUGAAGUCGGAGCAUCAGGGGCAAGUGGAACGCCAGAUGUCUGCAAUUAAAGAGAAGAAUGAAAGCCUCGAAAGACUGGCCAGCGUGACUGCCCAGCAAGAGUCAACCAAAGAAAUGCUCCGCAAGGUUGUCGAGGAGUUGACGGAAAAGAAGAUAAGCCUGGAGGCCGCAGAGAGGCAAGUGGCUGACCUGACAGCCUGCCUGCAGGAGAAAGAGAGGGUGAUCGAGUCGACCAACAGUGAGAUCCAGAAGCUCCAAGGGCGGGUGGACAGCAAGCUGCAAGAGCUGCAGCAGCUGAAGGAGGAAGGAGAUCACUUGCGGAACGCGCAGGCCGACUGUGAGAGCUUCAAGCUGCAGUUGAAUGAGAAGAACAAGGUGAUUGAGAUCUUGCGGAAGCAAAUCGACAACAUGACCCAAAUUGUGGGCCAGCAUGGCCGGACGGCUGGUGCCAUGGAGAUGGAAAAAUCUCAGCUUUUGAAAGAAAUCGGUGACAAGAAACUGGAAGUCCAAGAACUUAAGCUUUCUCAUGACAAGAAAGACAGCCGGAUUCGCGAACUAGAGGCCGGCAUGAGUGAGAUGGAACUGGAGAAGGUUAAACUGGUGAACUUGAGCACGGAGAGGCUGCGGACGAUGAAAGAGUUGAUUCUGGAACGAGACCAGGUGGUGAAUGAAGUAAAAUCCAGUCGACUGGAGCUUGCUGCACUUUCAGAAGAAUCUGAAUUUAUAAAGAGCGAUUACCGAAUAAAAAACGAAGAGCUGGAAACUACGGUGAGCAAGCUGAAAGUGCAACUCAAAUCUGCGCAGAUUGAACUGGAGCAAACCAGAGCCACCUUAAAGACCAUGGAAGGGUCUGACGGCCACGCCAUGAAGGUUGCAAUGGGAAUGCAGAAGCAAAUCACAGCCAAGCGAGGACAGAUAGACGCUUUGCAGAGCAAGAUUAAGUUCUUGGAGGAAGCUAUGACCAAUGCGACUAAGGAGAAGCAUUACCUGAAAGAAGAGCGAAACAAGCUGAGCCAGGAGCUGAGCUGCGUGGCUGCUUUAAACAACAAAAUGUUGGGGGAACUGGAAAUUCUGAGGGCACAAGACAAACGCAUGAAAGACAAACUGGCCACCAUGGAGGCAGCCCUGGAUAAGGCAUCUAUGCAGUUUGCGGAAUGUCAGUGCAUCAUGCAGCGACAGGAGCAAGAAGUGAUGCGCUUCAAACUUCAGCACACUUUGGACGUAAAAGAACUGCAGGGGCCGGGCUACACACUGGGCUCCUCUUCCACGAAGAUGCGCCAUUCAGCUCUGCCUCACUCCCACCCAUCUAGCGCUCCAUCUUCCCAAGCCUUUGCAGGCCACAUGACCCUCUUGUCGUCCAGGGUUAGCUCAGCAAAGGAGGACCCGUUGCGUGACUUAAAGCAGCUUCUCCAAGAAGUGCAAAGUACAAUCGAUGAAAUGCCCUCUGCGAGUCUUCCCAGAAGAAAAAGUGACAGUGAGAGCGACUUGCUUACGGAUACUACAAGCAAUACUCGAGACCUUGCAAGCAGAGAAUGCAUUGGCAAAAGACUGCAUGACUCUUACAGAAGGGACGCCGCAAGCAGAGAUUCGCCUUCUGAUGUCCCUGUGGGGUCAGAUACUUUCAGCAGGGAACCUCUGUUGUUACAUACAGCAGACCUUGAGGAUUCAGAUACUACCCUCCCUUUUCAAUCCAAUGUGAUUCAUACAAUCUUCACUUCCACUCCUCGGUAUACCACGUCAAAGAAACUGUCUUCAGAGGAGAAGUUCAAAGAGAGGUCUCCUGUACAUACGUUGUUAACUGCUCCACUGGAUGACCUUAAGACAAUUUCCGGGACCUCUUCAGAACGCCGCUCCUCUUUGAAGAAGAGCAGUUCCCCAGAAGCCUCGAUCUCUUGUCGAAAUACCUCCUUCACUGCCAGUGCCUCCACCCAGGCAGGAGAAGUCAGCGGAAACACGUGCCGGAAAUUGCAGGACAAAAUGGAGAGUCUACAAAACCUGGUGGAGACAUUACAGUUCAAAAACCAAGCAAUGUCUUCGAUGAUCAGAAGUCAGGAGAAGAAACUCGAGAAAGCGAAGGAGAAGGAGAAAAAGCUGUCCAAAUGAAAUGUGGUAGGGCUUCAUCAUUUUGAUGCGUCUAGACCGCAAGCCGUUGAACAAGA